UAGAAAGGGAGGCAUCUGUGCAAUAAGAAAUUAAAAAUACCAUAGUGAGAAAAUUACUGCCCUGUUAUUUCUGAACUUUACCCCAAUAAGUAGGCAUCUGCCAUAAUAUUUCCUAAAAGUGCUACUAAUAAGGGAAGAGUUAGUUUUUCACCCGGUGGGACAGUGUCUCUUUUGAAUGUAAAGGCUGCAUCCAGAAGCCGCUUGGUUUUGAUGCUCUCAAAAGUUAAAUGUGCUGUUGUUGACCUCUGCUCAGAUGUUUGCUGCAUUCGUAGUUCUAGAAAGACCUCGGACCAGGCAGUAGCGCUAGUUUCCUGUGAAACACAGGGAAGCGUGAAGACAAAACAGGCUGUAUCUUUUUAAAGUGGUGCAAGAAUUGCCAGUUGAGGAUUUCUUUUGUGAUAGCAUAAUAUAAUGGGUUAAGGGGACUUCAGAGUCUCCUUUUCUCACUGAAGGCCUUUUGUUUGGCAUUUGUUCUGCCCAUGCACCUUUGGCAGUUAAAUCACGGUAGCUGUGUUUCAGUUUUUAUAGAGAUGCUUCAAUCAGGGUGAGUAGUAGGCUUUAAGCUCGUGUCCACAAGAAUAGUAUGUGGAGUACAAUUAACAAUAAUAACUAUUCUGACUAGUACUAGCACUAGAAGAGGCAGGCUUGGCCACUUGUCACUGCACCAUCCUUUCCUGAGCUGGCCCAAGAGCUUGUGUAGCUGAGCUGCAAAGCAUUUGUAGCACUGUUGGAGGUUAAACCUAACUGUUCUGGGUUUCAUCCAGGUCCAAGCUAUUUCCUGGUGCAGCUCAUCCUGCACAUACAUGGAUGUUUAAGCUGGGAGCAGAAUAGAAACAAGCGGCAGGGCAGGGGAAAGUGGGAUUUCUGUGUGGAGUGGUACUGACUUCAAAGACUUCUCAGGCUGCAGUGCUCAUUGAGUAGCUUUAAGUGAGUCAUUAUGCAGGCAAGUUUGAUGUCAAGAAUUUAAUCUGUUGAUGAGCAGGUGAUUCAGAACCUGCUCUGAAAGUUUAGCAGUGGUCACCUUGACAAAUAUUCCGAAAAGUUAAUGUUAAUUCCUCUUUAAUCAGGUUACUGUGCCGUAAUGUUUAGAGUGAGAUACUGAGUCCCAACAUCCACUCCUUGGAGCAUGAAGUGGAAGUUACUGUCGUAUACAAACACUAGCUUUUCUGUGUCCUCUUGUGCUUUGGUUUCUUGUAGUCUGUAUAUUUGCAAUAAAUACCAAGGAGAGUGACCGUGAAGUUUAGAGCAUUAAACUUGAGUCCUAACUCACAAAUAGGUCUUUCAGAUAUUUCCUGCAAUGGUGUUAGCUGUUAAAUUCCAUCUUUGAUCACCUCGGGAGAUGCCCUAAGCAUGAAAAGUGCCUAUGGUUGUCUUUGUCGUAGCAACGGGGGUUUAUGCUAGGUAGCUGUUUGCUUUCUUUUGGAAUGUAGGAGUUCAGUUCUGGGCUUGGCUUAAGUUGCCAGGAGAAAAAACUGAGAGUGGUGGGGAGGAUGCAACUGAGACUUGCUGAGCUGUGCUGGCUUUAACCAUCAAGUCAAGUAUGGCUGUACUUGAGAACUGCUUUUUAUCUGGCAGGCAGCCUGCCUCUGCGAAGUGGUACGACCGAAGGGACUAUGUCUUUAUUGAAUUUUGUGUUGAAGACAGUAAAGAUGUUAAUGUAAAUUUUGAAAAAUCCAAACUUACGUUCAGUUGUCUUGGAGGAAGUGAUAACUUUAAACAUUUAAAUGAAAUUGACCUUUUUAAUAAUAUUGAUCCAAAUGAGUCAAAGCAUAAAAGAACAGACAGAUCCAUCUUGUGUUGUUUACGAAAAGGAGAAUCUGGUCAGGCAUGGCCAAGGUUAACAAAAGAGAGGGCAAAGCUCAACUGGCUCAGUGUGGACUUCAACAACUGGAAAGACUGGGAAGAUGAUUCAGAUGAAGACAUGUCCAAUUUUGAUCGCUUUUCUGAGAUGAUGAACAACAUGGGUGGAGAUGAAGAUGUAGACUUGCCAGAAGUAGAUGGGGCAGAUGAUGACUCACCAGACAGUGAUGAUGAAAAAAUGCCAGAUCUGGAGUAAGGAAAACUGUCGUCUUCAGGGUUUGGGGAAAGAACUUCAUCACAACAUUUCAUAAUUGAGAUAAGAAUUCCUGAGUUGAUAGCCCUAAAGGGAGAUAUUGCAUCCUUUAACCCAUUUUCAGUCCAUUUUAAAUGGCUUCACUGAUGGUUGGUGUGUACCAUUGUACGGGGCAGUCUUAAGCCACAAGAGGCAAUAAUGUUAUGCAUGAACCGUUUUCCAGACUUCCAAAAAUCAAUUGAGGUGUAGGCAAUCGAUACAGAACAGUUGCAAUAAAAAGUUUACAGAGCCUCCUUGCCUCGUAGCAGAUGUAAUUACAAUGGGAGAAUUCUGAAUUUACAUGAAGUGGUAAAUUAGUGUUUUCCCCUUUGUGUGGCCUGCAGGUAAACCUGAAAUCUAAGUUUAUACCUCGAACAAAACUGGCUGAAAAAUGUUAUUUUAAUUGGCUUACAAAAUUUAACAGGUAACAUGCAAUACCUCUGCAGUGUCUUCAGGUGUGUUCCACUAAUGUUUUAAUAAAAAGGAAACAAAAUUCACUUCACUUUAUAUUUAAUCACUAGUUAGUGUUCCAGACGUAUCCUAGCUAAAACUAGUGAACCCCUAACUUAAAUGGGUGAAGCCUGUACAUUUGGUAUUGUUUGACCCUAAAGCUUUACAUCUCUUAGUCCGGGGGUGAGAGUGGCUGUACAUUGUUGCUUGUCAAUCUGUACAUUUAGACCAAAUUGUAUUUGCACUGUUGGUAUGGAAAUGAGUGACAAAACGUUAUACACUAUUGGAAUUUUUUGUUAGUUUAUUUGACCAGCUUAUAACAAGGCUGAAAAACCUCAAUUUAUGUUCAGAGCAGUGGGGAUUUUUUUAAUGUCUACAUUCUUUCUAAUAAACUGUUGAAGACUCCAUGGCUGUCCUUUUAACUGUCUGAUUGUAAGUUCAUGUAUUAUUUGCUGGAAUGGAUUUUUUUUUUAAUUUGGAAUACAAGCGUGGGAUUACUUCAUCUGUUUGAAGGAGGCAAGUUGUAAUGUUCCCAGCAAACCUUCAAAAGUGGAUCUGUAAUUCAAAAUCGUAGGUGCACUUUGACAACAGUUUGGAAAAAGUGUUGUGAUUUGACUCCAAUAAAACAAUGUUUUGUCCUCCUCUA